AUGGGUUAUGAUGCCAACAGUAACCAGAUAGGAUUAGAUCAGUUAAUGGCCAUUGACAGAGUAGCUGGAUGGAACCAGAAGGGCAUCGCAGUGGCAAGCGGGAGAAGGGUUGAGGCUAGAAAGUCCCGAAGAAAGGCAGGGAGUGGAGCCGUUGGAGGAUCGGAGGCGACCUUCAAUUCACACCCAGAAACCGAGGACUGGAGGGAAAAUCCAGGAGUUUUUGGACUGGACGGACUUCCCGAUCGUCCGGCGUUACCAAUCCGUAACAGCAGAUCGGACGGAUUCAGGUUAGACUAUCCCCAAACCAGCACGGCAUUUUACCGAGGCCGCCCUGAGAAAGAGAAAGAUAAUCUCCAAGCCGGGAUUUAG